GGGUUAUUCUGGCGUCCGCCUUUUCUGCGGGUUGAGGUUUAACUUUUGUGAGGUAGCGAUUGCAUCGAACACAUCGCCGCACAGGCCGUAUCCUCAAUCGUUUUCUUCGGCGAGGAAAGGCUUGACGACGAUUGGCAAGUCCAGCAGCGAAGCAAGACAAAGAAACUGGCGAAAACAGGACAGCGGAUCGAACAUGACAUGCACCUGCGUUGUCAAUGGACGUGUCCGCAAGUAUCGUAUAUUUGUGAGCGGCAGCAGCCCAUGAGUGAAGGAAGAGGCUACUCUAGGCUAUGCGGUGUUGGAAAAUAAACUCUAGAAUCCAAAUCUAUAGCUACGGUAACGAGCACCACAGCGAUUCGUUGGAUCCUACGCUCGUGUCGAAUGUAUUUCGACUGUGACGAACCCGGAUAAAGUGCAAUAAUUAGUAAGGGAAUCUACUGCAGGGCUUUCCUCAAAGCACGCCAAGGCCUCGUUGCCACCUGAUAUUUAUUGUACAGCCACUCAGACAGUUGUGGAGGGCAUUUCACACACUGAAGCAAAUGCGUCGUAGUCUCAGCAGUGGUGCGCAACAAGUACAACUCGAUCCUUAUACUCGGCUAGAGUGAGAGUGGCGUCUCUCAUGGAUGUGCCUUCGACACUGUCGCGUUUUUCCUUUUUCCCAGUGACAUCUAAAGAAUAAAAAACGGAUGUUCGACGCGUUUUCCUACAAAAUUGCCACGCAUGUUUCCUCUUUUCGUCUCCUGCGGUGUAAACUGUGGCGACUAGCCAGGCAUUUGUGACCCCUCGGCGAAUGAAGAAGAAUAACAUGUCUUGAAAUUAUGGCGGGGCAGGAGAACAGUCGGGCUAUCCGCGUUGAGGCUUGAACGCUUAGUGUGACUUGACAUUGAAAAACAAAGAAUAGUCACAGCUCCCCUGAAAACAGCGAAGAAAUAUAGCUGGAUGCCCAGCAUUCCGAGCAAAAGGGUUUAGAUGCUCAUCACAGGACCAACAGAGCGAAGCGCUGCAAGCCAGACAUGCCCGCCACGAGGUCAUUCAAGCCAUGGCGACCGUUUUUCCGAAGCUUCAUCUCCUGUUCCGUUUUUCUGCAUCCGUGUCCGCUCAAAACCAUUCAAUUGAGUGCCUGCUUGUCCACCGUCUUCCACGGAAGGACGUUUCCGACAGUUUCUCCUUUCCUAACUUCGUUCGUUGUCCUGUAGUGUCCCCCUAAAGCUGUACAGCUGCCGCCGUUUCAGGGCGAGCGACUCACAUUCCGUUUGCUUUCCGCCUUCGCAUUUCCAUCAUUACUCGAGGUCAGCAGCUAGUGACCCAUGAAGCGUAGUCUGAGAAUCCGUAGUGCUGCAGUGUGUCCAUAAGCUAACUCUGUCAAAGUCGCAUUGGAAGUUGCCGUCCCGUGUCGAACUCGGUGUCACUUCGUGGUAACGUGCUAUGGCAAAUAAACCGCAACUGUGCAACCCGUCUCGCACUGAGAGACUCGCAACAGUCCCUCUGGAUUUCCCUCUCCAUAGACGGGAGUAGAAGGGCGAAUUUUGAAGGAGACACCAACACAACCGCUACACCCGCUAGGCAUGGCGACGAUACUGGGUUUUCCAGUUAUGGAUACAGCCAGGCACUCUGUCGAAGAACACUCCUACAGCCCAGAAACUCGGUCAUGUGAGGGUAGAAGUCGAGCUGAAUGAACGAUUUGAGCCGGAUGCUGACGCCUCCCAGUAAAGUGCGCCAGGUACAAGGGACUAACCUUGCCUGUAGAGACCUGGUGGAUGAGAUACGUUUCAAGCGUUAGCGUCGCUCCUCCGUGCAUCCAGGAAAACUCUUUAUUCAUUUUCUGGAAGAUCCAUUGGUCUCCAUGUCUACGUGUUUCUGGCCCCGUCCGGAGGGAGACAACCGAGCUGGACGGACUUUCCUGUAUAUGUCGCCAUUUGCCCUCUACAAAGUUUCUAGACCCACGGUGGAAAUAGGUGUACAUUCAGACAGGGUUUUUCCCGACGCCGACUAUCGUGGGCAAAUCGGGGGACAAGAAAAGACAACGUGUCCUUUAUACUACCAAGAGAGCACCUUUCUUCUGCGGCCUGUCGACAGGAACAGGGGAGGGAGAACCUUCAAACAUGGCAGUGGCUGAUGCCGUCGCUCAAGAACAUGGACAAUGCCUCCGUUGUCCGGUGUCGACGAGAGUGGGCAGUGUGAGGGAUUCGGAAAAGCUACGGAUUCAAACCUUGCAGGUCUUUCUUCUUCACUGCAUUCUUCUUUGUUGGCUAAAUAUCCUAGUAUGUCCGACGGAAGCCAGCGUUGGGUUUCGGUUCAAAGGAUGGGACCGGCGAUUUGCCAAGUGCAAUUUGGUUCGGAUUGACGGGGGCAAAGUGGACGAUGUCCCAGAGUUCGAGGCUUUGGUGAUGGUCAAUAGUGCCAACGAAGUCGUCAGCUUCGAGCCAGCUAAGGCAGUUCCCAUGUGCGAUCUUAGCAACAGCAACCUGGCUUUUGUUCCUUGCGGUGACACCGCGGUCCGCCAGGACCACACCCGUUUUGUGUUCCCGCUGCCGGACGCAGGGAAGGUCCCGCUGCAGAAAGGCGAGGACGAACAGAAAGAAGAGGGUGAAUGGAGGAUAGCGAAAAUCGCCCGCACCGCAGGCAGCAUGGCUUGGAAAGCAGCUUCAUCCACCGUGGCAGCAGGAGGCGCCGUGGUAAACUACAUGAUGGGACGAUCUGCGCCUCCUGCAGAGUCUUUGCAGCAGAAACUCAUCACAUACCACCAAAAGGGCAUUUCGUACAGCCUAGAAUGCAUGGAUCCUGUUUCUGAGACAACCAUGAGGAGCACGUUGAAUCCGCCCCUGGCUUCAAUCAUUGGACAGGGAUUCGCUGCUGUGCUGGAACUCGAAAACAGCGACGUCAACAUGCACUCUGGAGGGCCGUAUCCGGAGAGGGUUUAAAAAAACGAGGGUGUUCUGACCUCAACUUCCUUACCAGUGGCAGAUCCGCUGGUCUUCUGACAUGUUGAAAGUUUCUACUCAGUAGAGUCCACCAGCGCUCAAGGCCUCGUGGUGAAAGGUAUCUCGUGUCUACACUAUUGGCCAGUCUACGUGUGUACGUCCGUGCGUCUGACUUUGAACCGAGCGGUAACUUUCCCUUUUCUUUUUUCUCUAACUUUUUCAAACAUGAUUGGACCUAACGGCGUUCAACUGUCAAAAAUCACAACCGAA